CGUCCGUACCAUCGUAAGCUCAGUGGAGACAGACGCGCAUUUUCCACGGCAACCGAUCAUCCAUUCUCUCACGAACCGCGUCGGCAGUCGGACGUAGGUAAAACUGUGCGACGAAGCGUUUUACACCGCGUGGCGUUGGCUGUUCUGUCUGUUCCCUCUCAAUCGAACCUUUUCCUCCCUGCUGAGGUGUGGUGUGUAGUCAAAGAACGACGCGCGUAUAGAAGAAGAACCGGCGUGGAAAGAAGAUUUUCUCCUUGUGAAUUUUGACCGCGGUCGUUGGCUGUUGGCUGUUGGAAGAAGCCGCCUAGUGAGUCGAGAUUUUCGAGUGAAAGUGAUAUGAAAGUGUGAAGGAUUUAUUGGGCAAUUUGGUGCUGACAGAUUGAACGUGUUCGAACCGAGGAUUACCAUCUUAGCAGAUCUUAACAGCAAGACAGGAAGGAAGGAUACGCAACCACAAUGGGAGACCACGCAGUGCCUCCGAAGGGAAAUGUCCUGGGAUCGCUGGUCCCGGCCCGUUACAUCCUAGCCGUGCUCGGUUCCAUCGGUAUGGCUAUCAUUUACGGGCUGAAGGUGAACCUGAGCGUGGCCAUGGUGGCCAUGUUGAACCAUUCGGCACUGGCCCACGGUGGCGCCGCUCCGGUUCACGAGAUGACCGAAAUGCACAGCACCGAAGAGGUCUGCAGCCAGUCUGGAAAUUCGACGGAAGCGGUCGAGGAUGGCCCCUUCGCCUGGAGUGAACCCCUGCAGGGCACCAUUCUCAGUUGCUACUUCUGGGGAUACUUCGUGUCGCAGAUUCCCGGUGCCCGCAUCGCCGAGAGCUUGUCCGCCAAGUGGGUCAUGUUCUUCUCGGUGUUCAUCAACGUGAUCUGUACACUGUUGACUCCGGUCGCGGCCGAACUGCACUACGGAGCCAUGAUUGCGAUGCGUAUUGGCGAAGGCAUUGGCGGAGGUGUGACGUUCCCGGCUAUGCACGUCAUGUUGGCCUCGUGGGCUCCUCCAAAUGAACGAUCGGUUAUGUCGGCCAUUGUGUACGCUGGAACGGCGUUGGGUACGGUUAUUUCGAUGCUGAUGGCCGGUGUUCUGGCUGGAAGCUUGGGCUGGGAGUCGGUGUUCUACGUGAUGGGAGGCUUGAGCUGUAUCUGGUUGGUCUUGUGGGUGUUAUUGGUUCAGGAUAGCCCGAGCAAACAGGCAUUGAUCAGCGCCGAAGAGCGAACUUUCAUCACCUCGUCGUUGGGAGGCGAAGGAGGAUCUGGUCAUGGUGGAGCCAAGCCGGCCAUUCCAUGGAAGAAGGUCUUCACGUCGGCGCCAUUCUACGCUAUUCUGAUUGCCCACGUCUGCAACAACUGGGGCUGGUACAUGCUGCUGAUCGAACUUCCGUUCUACAUGAAGCAGGUGCUUCAGUUCAACAUCAAGGAAAACGCCGUGGUCACUGCCAUUCCCUUCUUGACCAUGUGGUUCUUCAGCAUGGCCCUCAGUAAGACUUUGGACGCUCUUCGCGCUCGCAAGAAGAUCAAUACCACGAUCGCUAGAAAGACCGCUACUCUGAUCGCGUCGGUUGUUCCCAUGUGCUGUCUGUUGGCUCUAUGCUACAUCGGAUGCAAUCGUGGAGCAGCUGUUGCAUUGAUGACCCUGGGUAUUACUUCGAUCGGUGGCAUGUUCUGCGGCUUCCUGUCCAACCACAUCGAUAUUGCACCGAACUAUGCUGGAACCCUGAUGGCCAUCACCAAUACUGCAGCGACACUGCCUGGCAUUACCGUGCCCAUCUUUGUCGGCCAGAUCACCCAUGGAAACCAAACGAUCGGAGCCUGGCGUGUCAUCUUCUUCGUGACGAUCGGCCUCUACAUCAUCGAGAUCUUCGGCUACACCUUCUUGGGCUCUGGAGAAGAACAGCCGUGGAACAAGGGUGACAAGACAAAUAAUGGUGCCGUUGAAAAUGGUGAGGCGGAAGCAACACCACUCAAUACAAAGGAAACGAAACCCAGCUACACAAACCAAGAAGAGUAAAAUGUGCUGCUCAGCUCAGAGGGCACAGAAUUGAACCGACCCAGUGAAUCAACCCACAUGACAAGGGGAUGGCAUCACCCUGUCAGGAUGAUGCCAGAAAAGCGACAAAAACGAUAUCAAAGCUCUUGUUUCUUACUUGAGAUUUUUCUUAACUUUUACUGCGAAACAAACUUCAAUUUUAGAGUUACUUAUUUUUGCGACAACUAUGGUACUUUUACAUAUAAAUACUUACUAUAUAUACAAGAGGGAAAGUCAAUUUUACUUAAGUUUCUCAAAUAACAAGCAAAGAUUUUUUAACAGAAUAUGUUUUGUUUUGAAAUUUUAACUUAUCAACAAAGAGGAAACCCAUACCGCCGAUCGAUCCAAAUGCUGCCAUAUGCAAACUUUUAAAUAAUUUGAUUACAAACACAAAAAAAAACUUAAAGCAGAAACCUACGGCUGAACGGUCAGAUCCCUCUAAAAACCUACUUUAGGAACCAAGCAAUUAAAAGUUACUUGAAGAGACUUUCUAUGAACUAAAUUGCAAGCAUUUAGCUAAACAAAUUAAUAAUCAAACAAAGAAAACUGUAAAAUGAGAAAAACAUGUUAGGUAAUACUACUAGGCGCACCUAUGAAAUGCUUUAACUGAGGAAAGGA